CCCGGCUGGCCACUCGGGCCGUGUCGCGGAACAGCGAGUGCCGGGGAGUCCGGGGGAGCCGCCGCUGCCGCCGGGUCCGCGCCGCGCCUCGGCAGCUGGGACAGGGCCGCCGUCGGGGAGCGCCAGAGCACGGUCCCCAGCGCAUCAUGAUGGACUUGGAGCUGCCGCCGCCCGGACAGCCAUCCCAGCAGGACAUGGAUUUGAUUGACAUACUUUGGAGGCAAGACAUAGAUCUUGGGGUAAGUCGAGAAGUAUUUGACUUCAGUCAACGACGGAAGGAGCAUGAGCUGGAAAAACAGAAAAAACUUGAAAAGGAAAGACAAGAACAACUCCAAAAGGAGCAAGAGAAAGCCUUUUUUGCUCAAUUACAACUAGAUGAAGAAACAGGUGAAUUCCUCCCAAUUCAGCCAGCCCAGCACAUCCCAUCAGAAACCAGUGGAUCUGCCAACUACUCCCAGGUUGCCCACAUUCCCAAACCAGAUGCUUUGUACUUUGAUGACUGCAUGCAGCUUUUGGCAGAGACAUUCCCAUUUGUAGAUGACAAUGAGGUUGCUUCAGCUGCGUUUCAGUCACUUGUUCCUGAUCUCCCCAGCCAAAUCGAGAAUCCAGUCUUCACUGCUCCUAAUCAGGCUCAGUCACCUCAGACUCUCGUCGUUCAGUCAGUCAUUGCUGAUCUAGACAAUAUGCAGCAGGACAUUGAGCAAGUUUGGGAGGAGCUGUUAUCCAUUCCAGAAUUGCAGUGUCUUAAUAUUCAAAAUGACAAGUUGGUUGAGACUAGCACGGUUCCAAGUCCAGAAACCAAAAUGACAGAAAUUGACGACAGUUACCAUUUCUUCUCCUCAAUGCCCUCGUUGGAAAAAGAAGUAGGUAACUGCAGUCCACAUUUUCUCAGUGCUUUCGAGGAUUCCUUCAGCAGCAUUCUCUCCACAGAAGAUUCCAGCCAGCUGACCGUGAACUCAUUAAAUUCAGAUGCCACAAUUAACACAGAUUUUGGUGAUGAAUUUUAUUCUGCUUUCAUAGCAGAACCCGGUAGUAGCAACAGCAUGCCCUCUGCUACUUUAAGCCAGUCACUCUCUGAACUUCUUAAUGGGCCCAUUGAUGUUUCUGAUCUAUCACUUUGUAAAGCCUUCAACCAAAACCACCCUGAAAGCACAGAAUUCAAUGAUUCUGACUCUGGCAUUUCACUCAACACAAGUCCUGGCAUGGCAUCACCAGAACACUCGGUGGAAUCUUCUGUCUAUGGAGACACACCACUUGGCUUCAGUGAUUCUGAAAUGGAAGAGAUAGAUAGUGCUCCUGGCAGUGUCAAACAGAAUGGCCCUAAAACACCGCCGGUACAGUCUGCUGGAGAUACAGCCCCACCCCUGUCACCAUCUCCAGGGCACAGCACCCCAGCACGGGAGGCCCAGUGCGAAAACACGCCAAAGAAAGAAUUGCCUGUAAGCCCUGGUCAUCGAAAAACCCCAUUCACAAAAGACAAACAUUCAAGCCGCUUGGAGGCUCAUCUCACAAGAGAUGAGCUAAGGGCAAAAGCUCUCCAUAUCCCAUUUCCUGUUGAAAAAAUCAUUAACCUCCCUGUUGAUGACUUCAAUGAAAUGAUGUCCAAGGAGCAGUUCAGUGAGGCUCAACUGGCAUUAAUUCGAGAUAUACGCAGGAGGGGUAAGAAUAAAGUGGCUGCUCAGAAUUGCAGAAAAAGAAAACUGGAAAAUAUAGUGGAACUGGAACAAGAUUUGGAUCAUUUAAAAGAUGAAAAAGAAAAAUUACUCAAAGAAAAAGGGGAGAAUGACAAAAGCCUCCAUCUACUGAAAAAACAACUCAGCACCUUGUAUCUCGAAGUCUUCAGCAUGCUCCGGGAUGAAGAUGGAAAACCGUACUCUCCUAGUGAAUACUCCCUGCAGCAAACAAGAGAUGGCAAUGUAUUCCUUGUGCCCAAAAGUAAGAAGCCAGAUAUUAAGAAAAACUAGAUUUGGGAAGAUCUGACCUUUUUCUGAGCUCUAGUGGGUUGUUUGUUUUGGGGAUUUUUUUGUGUGUUUUUUUGUACUGUUAUACUAAAAGCUCCUACUGUGAUGUGAAAUGCAAAAAUACACUUUAUAAGUAAUUCUAUGCAAAAUUAUAGUCAAAACUAGUAUAGAAGAUAAUAUGAACUUUAAAAAGCAUUAAAAUAAGUCAUCAGUAUGCUGAAUCAGUAGUUUCACUUUAACUGCAAACUUAAUUUCUUAGAACACCAUUUGGGCUAGUUUCUGUAUAAGUGUAAAUACUACAAAAACUUCUUAUUUAUACUGUUCUUAUCUCAUUUGUUACGUUCAUUUAUAUGAUAUCUGGCUAAAAGCAAAUUGUUGCAAAACUAACCACUAUGUACUUUUUUAUAAAUACUGUAUGAACAAAAAAGGCAUUUUUUUAUAUUAAAUUGUUUAGCUCUGGCAAAAACCAAUUUAGUUAAAAAGCUGGUACUAAUAAAGGAGUAUUAUGACUGUUAAUUU